AACUCCUUUCUGCUUCCAGGGGAUGUUGGGAAUUAUUAUUAUGGCCAAGGACAUCCCAUGAAACCCCACAGGAUCCGCAUGACCCACAACCUCCUGCUCAACUAUGGGCUCUACAGGAAGAUGGAGAUCUAUCGUCCUCACAAGGCCAAUGCAGAGGAGAUGACCAAGUACCACAGCGAUGAUUACAUCAAAUUCCUGAGGUCCAUCCGCCCUGACAACAUGUCUGAGUACAGCAAGCAGAUGCAAAGAUUUAAUGUUGGGGAGGACUGCCCUGUGUUUGAUGGGCUCUUUGAGUUCUGUCAGCUCUCUGCUGGAGGCUCUGUUGCCAGUGCUGUGAAGCUGAACAAGCAGCAGACAGACAUUGCGGUGAACUGGGCAGGAGGUCUCCACCACGCCAAAAAAUCAGAAGCUUCUGGGUUCUGCUACGUCAACGACAUCGUGCUGGCCAUCCUGGAGCUCCUCAAGUACCACCAGCGAGUGCUGUACAUUGACAUCGACAUCCACCACGGGGACGGGGUGGAGGAGGCUUUUUACACCACAGACAGGGUCAUGACCGUGUCCUUCCACAAAUAUGGAGAAUAUUUCCCAGGAACUGGGGACCUGAGGGACAUCGGGGCAGGCAAAGGGAAGUACUACGCUGUGAAUUACCCGCUGCGCGACGGCAUCGAUGACGAGUCCUACGAAGCCAUUUUCAAGCCUGUGAUCUCCAAGGUGAUGGAGACGUUCCAGCCCAGCGCUGUUGUCCUGCAGUGUGGCUCUGAUUCCCUGUCUGGGGACAGGCUGGGCUGCUUCAACCUCACCAUCAAAGGCCAUGCCAAGUGUGUGGAGUUUGUGAAGAGCUUUAACCUGCCCAUGCUGAUGCUGGGAGGAGGGGGGUACACGAUCCGCAACGUGGCUCGCUGCUGGACCUACGAGACCGGGGAUGAGGAGGAGGAUGAUCCUGAAAAACGCAUUUCCAUCCGAAAUUCCAACAAGAGAAUCUCCUGUGACGAGGAAUUCUCCGACUCCGAGGACGAGGGGGAGGGAGGGCGCAAGAACGUCGCCAACUUCAAGAAAGCCAAACGUGUGAAGGCAGAGGAGGAGAAGGAGGAAGAGGAGAAGAAAGAUGAGAAAGAAGAGGAAAAAGCAAAAGAGGAAAAAGCAGCAACAGCAACAGCAGCAGCAGCAGCAGAACCCAAAGGGAACGGGGAGAACGAGAGAGAAAGAGAAAGAGAGAGAGACAGAAACACCUGCGGGGCGUGCGGGGCGUGUGUCAGUCCGGGGGGUGCGGGCGAGUCCGUGGGGACCGGGGCUGCUCGGGGGGUCUCGGGGGGCUCGGGGGGGUUCCUCUGA